UCUCCGACACAGCGCAGAAAUGCCAUAGCGCCAGAACUUAAAGUAAUCACUACAUUACAAUAUUUGGCAACUGGGAAAAUGCAACAAUGCAGUAGUGAUGAUUUGGGUUUGUCACAACCUUCUGUAAGCAGAGUGAUCACACAAACAAUUACUGCACUUUCAGAACCUCUUAUUGUGUCAGAGUUCAUUUCGUUUCCACUGGACAUUCCCACUUUGCAGGCUCAAAAAACUGCAUUUAUGAAUAUAGCAGGUUUCCCUGGUGUUGUCGGAGUAAUUGAUGGAACCCACAUCCGAAUUAUUGCACCGUCGGAAGACGAGGACGUUUAUGUCAAUAGAAAGAGGUACCACAGCAUAAACGUUCAAGUUGUUUUCAGUGCAGAUUAUAGGAUUGUAGACAUUGUUGCAAAAUGGCCCGGCGCAACCCAUGAUGCCAGGAUACUGGCAGAGAGUGGCCUGAGACAUCUGUCUGAAGGACGUCGUAUACCAACAAAUUGCCACUUGUUAGGGGACAGUGGUUAUCCUUGUAAACGAUGGCUCCUCACACCUUACCUCCAUCCUGACCAGGGGUCACAGCUAAAUUACAACAGAGCUCACAAGAAAACACGAGCCGUGGUUGAGCAGGGUAUUGGUCAACUAAAGAGGCGCUUUCACAUUUUGCAUGGAGAGGUGCGACUGGCACCAGGAAAGGUCUGCAAAGUGAUAACAGCCUACAAAUUGCAGACCCUCCCACGUACAAUUGGGCUGAUGAAUAGGAUGAUGAAGAAUACCCUCCACAAGGGAGGGAUCUGUCCCAAAGUGGGAAUGCUUACAGAGCCCAGUUUACUAAUUUGCAUGUCAUGGAUGGUGUUGGAGCAGCUGCGGUGGCAGCAGAAGGCAGGGAAUGAGGCGCUUCGGGCUGAGGGUCACCCAUCUGCGAUGUCGACGGUCCCCAUUCCUCUGCUGAAGGCUCUGUGCUACUGAAAGGAGAAAACAUUUAAUCUCUGUUAUUUCAAAUAAAUUUAGGGCAAUUUUUUUUCUGUUCAUAGAAUGCCAGAUAGAAAUAUGAGAAAUGGCCUUGCCUAUGUUAAAUAAAAAUGUGUCUUUUUAUUGUUACUUGGCU